UUUGGGAUACUUGAUCGAAUGGUCUGGAGAAGACGCCUCGAAGAUCGACCGACGUGAUCCGUCUCCAGGUGGGUUAAACCUUCCUGAUCGUGCCACCUGGAUAGGCAGCCCUGAUGGCAGCGCGGUGGCGCGCAGGUAAACCGUCACCGCGUCGUUUAGACUCUCGUCUCACCACCAUCGCCACUUUGCUCACCUACUCAAACCUGUUUCACCAUCCCACUACUUUCUUCUCUCUCUAUAUACGCAUCCAUCUCUCUGCGAACCAUAAAGCUUGCCCACCUCUUGCCACGAUGACGCUCGCGUUCCUCCCCGAGGCAUUGCGGGCGGUGCUCCUCGUCCAGCGGCCGCUGCUCCUCUACGCCGCGGCAUGGGCGGCCUUCCUCACCGCGACGGUGGCCGUCACGUCCUUCGCGCCGGAGCUUGCCUUCGUAUGGGCCGUCAUGCCAUCUUCGUCCUUCUCCAGCGCGUGUACUGCCGCGGCCGGCGGCCCGGCCGUGAGGGUCCCGACGGAGGGGCCGCCGCGGGAGGUGGUGUGCGUCCCGGCGGGGCUCUUCGCGCGGUCGCGGAUGGACCUGGUGGUACCGCCCCUCUUCGCCGCCUUGGUCGUCGGCGGCUCCACUUGCUUCAUCCGGGCCGUCGGUCUGUGGGAGCCCGAGGAGGAAGCCAUCGCGUGAG